AUGUUGGAAGCGUUGACGGCUGCCAACAUGCCCAUGUAUGGAGUUGAAGUGACAAACGACUUCAUGCCUAUUCAGUUCUAUUGGAUACAACUCUAUAGUGGUCAGUUCCUAAUUCAGGUUGAAAAUCCUACUACAAACUUGAAAGGAGUCGGACCUCUAUAUGGAAAAGUUGAAGCAGGUGCGGUGACACAGACGUCGCCAGGUGGCACAGCCGAUUUUGUGUUCCACACGUAUACAGUAGCGAUGAAAGUGACCCUGCACAACGUGGCCAAUACACGCUACAAAUGGAACAUCGUGAAGAACACGUUCAUGCAGAAGCUUUCGCUGAACUUCGGGGCACGCUUCAAUGGCGAAGUGACCGUUGGAAAGUUCUAG